ACACUAGUAGGAUCUUAAUUGACUUCCUGAUGGAUUGGCAGGUCGACGUUCAAGACGCGACGCAUUUCUUACCAGAGCCUAUAUCCACCAACAACUACGAGAUUGGUAAAUCUGAGCAAAAUGUCACUGUUAUCGAGUGAAUUGGCAAGGAUCUUACCUAAUCCUGAGUCUGAUGAAGAAGAGGAAAAUUCAUAUGUUUUCGAUGAAUCUCCAAAAAAGGAAAGCCAAGAGGUUAUUCAUAAAUCGAUCCCUCCUUAUCUACACAGAAAAGGAUGGGUUCCAACAUCUCUAGAAGAUUUUGCCGACGGUGGAGCAUAUCCAGAAAUUAACAUAGCACAAUAUCCAUUAGAUAUGGGAAAAAAGAGGGCGAAUACAAGUUCAGGAAAUUCACUUGCCCUUCAGGUUAAUUCCUCGGGUGGUGUCGAUUAUGGUGCUAUUGCGCGACAAGGCCAUGAGCAUGGUGAGCUUGUACAAUCUAGUUUCCAAGACUUAAUACCCUUAAGAGCUCGCAUUGGUGUUGGCGAAAUCUCAGUCGAGAAGCCACCUGAAGAACAAAAGCAGCUUGUUGCAAAUAAGACAAAGGCUGCUUUGGAAAAGAUCGUUAAUGGAAAAAUAUCGCAGUCGCAACCUAAAAGUGCUCUCGUACAGAAACCGGACGAUCCGGUAUAUAUCCGUUAUACACCAAGUAACCAGAUGGGCCAAGCCCCUAGCAAGCAAAGGAUCAUUAAACUCGUGACAGAAGAACAGGAUCCUAUGGAACCACCAAAAUUUCGUCAUAAAAAAGUACCUCGCGGUCCUCCUUCUCCUCCCGUGCCGGUGUUACACUCUCCCCCUCGUAAAGUGACCGCGAAGGAGCAGCAGGAUUGGCAAAUCCCUCCUAGUAUUUCAAAUUGGAAAAAUCCCAAAGGAUAUACUAUUCCUUUGGAUAAGCGCUUGGCUGCUGAUGGACGUGGCUUAAAUGAUGUAGAGAUAAGCGACGGUUUCGCAAAGUUUUCUGAAGCAUUGUUUACAGCAGAACGUCAAGCUCGUGAGGAAGUACGUUAUCGAGCUAUAAUGCGUCAGAAGGUGGCAGAGAAAGAGAAGCAAGAGAAAGAACAGCGACUAUUUAUGCUUGCGCAGAAGGCUAGAGAAGAAAGAACAGGCCACGUUUCAAAUCGCCAAUCCGUCGAUCGUUCACCUAGCGACGUUAAUGAUAAAAGAUCCCGAUCUGAAUCCCCGGUAAAUAGUGACGUGGAUGUUGAUGGAAACGAGGAAGAAGACGAAGGACUCCGUAGACGUGAAGAAAUUCGUCGUGAAAGAAGACGCCAAUACGAGAAAGAGCUUCGACUUAAUAGAAUGGGUGCUGAAAAGAGAGCACAGCUUAGUGGUGCGGAUCGUCCUCGAGAUGUGUCUGAGAGAGUAGCCCUCGGUUUAUCAAAACCUUCCAUGUCAAGUGAAACAAUGGUCGACAGUAGAUUAUUCAACCAGGCUUCAGGCUUAGGCUCUGUAUUUCAAGAUGAGGACUCUUAUAACAUAUAUGACAAACCUUGGAGGGCUGCUCCCGCAUCCACCCUUUAUAGACCAGGUGCUACUUUGGGUCGGCAUGUUGAUGCUUCUGCGGAAUUAGAACGGAUAAGUUCUGAAAAUCGCUAUGAUGUGCUAGGGUCAGUUCCCAAAAUGUUUAAAGGAGCAGAUGAAGCGUCACAGAAUGCUUCUGGACCUGUCGUUUUUGAAAAGGACGUUGAUCCUUUUGGCGUUAAUAAUUUUUUGGACACAGUCUCCUCUUCAAAAAAAUGAAACUUUUAAAGUUUAUUAAUGAUUUGUAUAUAAUAUGCUAUGACUAGUGGACUAAUGGGCUUUAUUGAGCAUUUCAUAAUAAAUCGUGAUUUAUUUUGAUUAAUUGCAAAUAACUAUUGGAAGAGAGAGUGAUUUAUAAUAGUUUAUAGUUACAAAAGUUCUUCGGUUAUGAAGACAUGAAGUUGUAAUCAGAUAC